AUGGGUACCAAUAACGACAGUGGUCUCCAGCCCGAAGAGCUGAAAGCCAGAGCGAGUUUUCUCGCGACCGCGAUCGCCGCGAGGCUACUGUACGCGUACGAGAAAGCGGAGCAGGAGAGUGAAAAGAAAAAAUCUGGAAAAAAAGGCAAAAAGAAGGGCGGCGGGAAGGGAAAAAAGGGCAAUAACAAGGCCGGCUCAACUACAUCUACCUUCGAGCCGGAGAGCAGACGAAAAAGCUCGUUUGAAGGAGAGCAGGACGCUACUAGCCCCUUGUUGAAAAAGCAACGGGCGAAUAGCAGCGGUGGCGAAGAUUAUGAUAGCCCUAAUGCUAAUAUCAAUGACAGGGAGCACGACUCCCCCUUCCCCGCGGCCGACACUCCAGAGGCGAGAAAACAGCUUUACCAAGCCUGUCUCAGCUACUGCUUCGGUGCGGUAAAUUCCAUCACUACCGCCUCUUCCCGAGCAGGCGCAACAUUAGUGAAUUCUGGGUCCUCGUCGCUCUUCGGAGAAGUGUUUGAGUUUGAGAAACUGCUCCACGCACACAAAUUAACACGAAUCUCCGAUGACCUCGGCCCCGUUGACGCGUUCCUGGACCAGAUUUCAAUACUCCACGCUGAAGAAAAAUUAGACCUCUCAGGAGAUAGCAAAAAAACCAACGAGGAUCACCUACAAAGCCAAAGCGCAUUGGCCCCUCCGCGGAAGGAAACCCGGUGGUCCCAGUUCAAGAUGUGGGCGACGUUGGCACCGAGUAUCGAGGAGUGCACGUUUUUCGUGCCCCGGUUUUUCCUCGUGGAUCUUGGGGCGGCGAUGGAGAAAGCCCCGUACGACGUGGACAAGGAAGUCACGCUUUUGGUGGACGAAACAAAGUAUCAAAGUGAAAAAUCCCCCCACCCCAUACUUAAACUAGAAAUUUGUGAUGCAGAUUUGUGGUCACGAAUCAGCUUUGAUGCUAGAAGGGAAAAGAUACGGACUGUAGUGCUGGCUGGCGUGGGAAAGCCUUGCAUCCUCAGCAUGACAGGGGGCAGCUGGAAGGGGGAAACAGUGUGACAAAUUGCCUGCAAACGAGGCCAAAGCUGCGUCUCUUAGCCUUCUAGCAUUACAAGCCGAUUUGUGUACUCAGAUACAGCAUCACAAAUUUCGUUUUCGAUAUGGGGAGGGGGGAUUUUUCCUUUUGAUACAAAGAAGCACAUCUUUGUGGGCCAGUCCGGCAUGUUCAACGACAAGACGUACAACGACGGCCAACGGCAGGGGUACCACUUUGAGAGCAAACUGCUCGACGGGUUUUCCGACGGUGGCAGGACGCAUUUGCUUACUGUGCUGGAGUUUUGUUCUAGUGGAUCAAAGGACCACGCCGCUGGUGGUGGACGAAGCAGACGACCCAGCAACACGAGUACAGCCAUGUCAUCAUUGAAAUGCGUCUACUCCUGCGCCCCAGAUUUUGCUUUUGGCGAGCAGAAGCCGCGACCGGAGAAGGAAGUCGAUUUGUUCAAGUGGAAGACAAUAACGAGGAAGAAGGAACAGAAUCUGAAUCCCGCGUCUCUAACGUCUUCUACAAGUAGCGCGGCAGGCGUUUCUGGCGGAGUAGAUGGGAACAAGGUUUCAACCAAGGAACUCAUCUCGGAGUGGCUCGCCACCGGCAAAAGCUGUCAGUACGGGUUACCGGGCGACGAAGAGAAAGUCGAAACUUUGCACAUCUGGAAACAGACGACGAGUGAUGAAGACCACAGCGCUAGUGCGCCCUCAACUGCGGUCAAAGAUGAACCGGAGCCAAAUCACGACAAAAGUAGAACCAGGUCAACUAUUUACGGCGAACUGAAGCGCACCCGACAUCUUUUCGGGAAAGGCGGCGAGUUGAAAAAGCUGAAAUAUUGGCUGCAGGCGUAUUUCGGCAACAUCAAUCGCGUGAUCGUGGGCUUGGAUGGGGACCAUGGACAGAACCGAAGUGAUGAUAAGAACAUCAUUAACGAAGUACUGUGUUUUAUCCUGAGUAAAAACGUCCCGACACCAGAGUCAGGAUGGGGAUUUUGCAACACAAACCUAGGAGCUUUGGGAGUCACGCAUGACAAGGUGCACUCCGCAGUGUAGUGCAGGUUAGCAAGUGCAGCCGCAUCACAGAUUCAUCUGCUCAUCCUGUUCACAGCAUCACAAAUUCCAAUACACGAUUGGAAAUGGCUUUCAUGGGGAUGCGCAUCACAAAUGUCUUUGUCAUUGCAAAUCUGCGUGACAGCUCUGGUGUGGGGACGUUUUUACUCAGGAUAUGUUUUGAAACGAACACCCUUGUGCCGGACUUGAACCACCAGAAAAAGUUAUCCGGGAGAAAACACCCAUCCCCAUCCAUUUUUUGCAUGAGAAAUAGUGGACUUUAUGCAUGUUUUGCAUGAUGUCCGCCUGACCCACCUUCCCUGCGUGACAGCCAUCUGCGGCCGUUUGCACAGGGGGAGGCAAAGAGUGUCGCACUUCGGUUUAGCAUGACAAAUUGGAUGGGGAUGGGUAUUUUUUCCUGGAUGAAAGUGUAUGCUGAAACUGCAAAAUGCCCUGGAGUGGAUACAGCACACCGUGACGGGCAAGUCACAGAGACCAGCGGGGCAGGCGUCUUUGUGGACCCUGAAAAUCCGAAAGGAAGAUAGCUUCGCUACCACCUGCAAAUUGCAAUUGGUGGAGCAAGCGGAUGAGAAAGUGCCGAGUUUUGUCGGGGAAGUUUUCAGUACGACGUGAUAAAGCGACCUUAAGAAUGGAGGUUUUUGCUGGCUGGUACGGACGCAUCUAGGUUAGAUUUUUCGAAGAAAUUCACAAUCAAAUGACGCAGAGUGAAAACUUGACCACCAUUCAGACCGGGAAUUGUGAACGAACCUUGAGGGAGGUUCCUCAUUCUGCUAGGGUUCAACUUUUCCCCUCAUACGUAACAAAUUGUCCGAUUUCGUUGGUGGUGUCUACGAUCGUGUGUAAGAACCAAUCCACGCGGCGUGCGCCGCGUGGGAAAACAUACAAAGAACC